AUGUCGAAUGCAUCAUCAUCCAUGCAUGUUUAUGAAGAAAUCGACGCUUCAUCGUCAUCCAUGCAAGAGAUGUUCGCCUGCCACAAUUCCACUGGUGCUGUCUCCACUACGAUCCAUGGAAGAGAUAUAGUCGAGCCUGAUCCUACUACUCGUAAUGUGAUGGAGCCCCGAAAUAUGGAUGAUGAUACAUAUUUGGUCGAUCAACUUGUGUCGUACGCGACCGUUUGGUAUUCACCGUAUUACGGUCGAUUUGCAUCGUGCCAUAAACGAUCGUUUACGGUCGGAAACGUUAUAAAACGAAUUGAAGAAGCUCGUACAAGUGCAACCGGAUGUAGCAAAAGUGGCAACAGCAGCUAUGAAAGUGGCCAUGGAGGCGGAAAUAAACUUGGUUCGAAAACAAGACGAUGCAAAAAUAAAGAAUUUAAAAGUGAAAAUGAAAGACUUGGAAAUUCAAUUGGAAUUGACGAAGAUGAAUCAACAAAUGAUAUACUUGCAGGACCAGCAAAAGAGCAACAUCGUGUCAGAGAAGUUCUAGGGACGUAG